AUGUGGCUCUUGAUUUUCUUAGUCUGGUUGGUUAUAUGGGCCGGUGGUACAUACUGGUACCUGUUUGGGAAACCGAGCCCUUUCUCCCUGGAGUCAGUGAGACCUCCAGGACCUCGCGAGUUUGAUCAGAAGAAGCGGGACAAAGUCAUCAAGCAAGGUUUCACACUUGACAAGGUGCCUCAGAAUCUGGAUGUCAUCGUCAUUGGUAGUGGUAUCGGUGGCCUGACAGCUGGAGCCACACUGGCCAAAGCCGGGAAGAAGGUCCUGGUGCUGGAACAACACGACCAGGCGGGAGGCUGCUGCCACACCUACAUAGAGAAAGGCUUUGAGUUUGAUGUUGGGCUUCACUACAUUGGUCAGGUCCACGAGAACAGUCUGUUGCGAAUCGCCUUCGACCAGAUCUCCGAGGGCCAGCUGGAGUUCCAGGAGCUGAAUCAGCAUUUCGAUACCAUCCAGAUUGGCCUGGGUGACGAGAAACGAGAGUACACCAUGUUCUCUGGUAAAACUGAGAUGAAGGCCCAUCUGCUGAAGCAAUUCCCCGACGACACUGACGCCAUCGAGACAUUCUUCAAAAUCAUGAAGGUCUCAGCUAGGAAGACACACUAUCUGGCAACUUUAAAGCUGAUCCCUCAGUGGGUGUCUUUAUUCCUGCUAAAGUCGGGCAUCGCAAACCUCUGCUCCCCAGUCUUCCGCCUGACCGGCACGUGUGCAACAGAUUUCGUGAACACCCUGACCAGCAACAAGGAUCUCCAUGUCAUCUUCUCUUACCUUUUCUAUGGUGUACCACCAAGGGACUCCAGCAUUCUGAUCAAUGCCCUCCUGAUUCAUCACUACAAACGAGGCGCCUACUACCCUAAAGGUGGCGCCAGUGAAAUCGCCUUCCACAUCAUCCGCACAAUUCAGAAAUAUGGAGGAAACUGUCUGGUCAGAGCUCCCGUCACCCAGAUCCUGGUUAAUGAGGAGGGAACAGCUUAUGGUGUGAAAGUAAGGAGAGGUCAGGAGGAAGUGGAGCUUCAUGCACCUGUGGUCGUCUCAAACUGUGGCAUCUUCACCACCUUCCAGAAACUUCUUCCACCUGAGAUUCAAGUCAAACAUGAUAUCCAGGAGAGACUGAACAUGAUGAAACAUGCCAGAGGAUCGUUCUUGGUCUUCUCUGGCUUAGAUGGAACUGAGGAGGAGUUGGGCCUCGUGUCCACUAACUUCUGGCUGUUCAAGAACAACGAUAUGGACAAGUCGAUGGAUGACUUCUUUGCAUUGAGCAAAGAGGAAGCACCAGAUAACAUUCCCAUGAUGUUCAUCACAAUCCCGUCUUCCAAAGAUCCAGAGGCCAAAAUAAGACACCCAGGAAAAUGUUGCAUGACGAUACUGACCAUGGUGAAGUAUGAAUGGUUUGAGGAAUGGAAGGACACCACUGUGCGCAAAAGGGGUGAUGAAUACUACAACUACAAAAUGAGAUUUGCAAAGAACCUCUUUGACUGGGCCUGCACUUUGUUCCCGAAAAUCAGAGACAAGCUGGUUUUCCAGGACGUGGCAACCCCGCUGACCAACACACACUACCUGGGUGCCCAGCGUGGAGCCAUGUACUCCGCUGAGCACAACCUGGACCGUUUCCAUGCUGAGGCUGUGGCGAGGAACAGGUGCAACACCCCCGUCAAAAACCUCUACAUCUCAGGACAAGACGUGUUCAGCUGUGGGAUAGCAGGGGCUCUACACGGCGGACUCCUCUGCGCGUCUGCGGUGUUAGAUCACAUUGUCUACAUCGACUUGCUCCUCCUCAAGAAGAAGCUGAAGAGGAGGAAAGCCAAAGAGCUGGCCCAGCUGGCUCAGAAGAAACUGCAGUGA